AUGGCUAGCAAGAAAUCGUUUGUUAGUACAGCUCUAAGAUAUGCAUAUUUACAUGGAUUUACUAGUUCACCAUUUUCAGCUAAAGGUGUUCAGUUGAGUCAAUGGUUUCGAAAUGAUUUGAAUAUAACACUUGAUUUACCUGAUUUGGUAAUACCUUCUUUUCGGAAGCAAUGUCUAAGUAAUAUGGUGGAUCAUAUCGAAAAGAAAAUUAUUAAGUCAAAUUCAACUUGGAUAUUUAUCGGCAGUUCGUUUGGUGGUCUUGUUUCUACACUUGUAACUCAACGACAGCCGAAACUAAUUCAUUCGUUAGUUCUACUUGCACCUGCAUUAAAUCCACUGGAACUAUGGACAUCAAAAAUCAAUGUAGAACAAUGGAAAAAGGAUGGAUUCAUGAAUUUUUUCAAUCAAAAUACACAACGUGAUGAAUCCAUUGAUUAUGAAUUUUUACUUGAUCUUCAAACGUAUUCAUCGUAUCCAGUUGUAACAACUUGUCCUAUUACAAUUAUUCAUGGUAUACAUGAUGAUGUUGUGCCUAUUCAAACGAGUCGUGAAUAUAUGAAAAAAAUUCGUUUAUUAAAUAAACAUUCAAUAUCUUUGAUCGAAGUCGAUGAUGAUCAUUAUUUACGAAAAGAUGAAACUCUAAAUACAAUUAAAAAAGUUAUUUGUGAUUUUCCUUAA